CCCAGCCAACCAACAGUAAGUCGGCUGGUCACCAUGGCUUGCUUUUACUACCCGUUUACGCGAAUCUAUGCGUUUUUCAACGUAUUAACUCCUUAAGCAUACCACUUGACACCGGUACGCACAACCCGCGCGAUGGCCGCCGAGGGCAGCAGCAGCGCAAGUCACACAGCCACCAACUGCGGCGACGCGGCCUGUCUCCGCCCCUCGACGUCGACUACCGCGGGCACGGGCGGCCUUCGACCACGCGCUGUUCGCCGCAGAGCUCGAGCCGGAGUGCCGACCGCUGCUGAAACGCCUCCCCCGCCGCCGCCGCGUCAGAUCCCGGCGCCUCUGCUGGAAGAGGCUCAUUCCCCGGGUGCGGCGAAGAGGAGAGAACGCCUCGAGGAGCUCGUGGAGAGCAUCUUGCUGUUCGCCAUGAGCAGCGCCAUCGUGCUCAUUGCGGCCGCUGUCGUCUCGCACUUGACGGGAUGCCACCACGCCGUGGGCCUCUCGAUGCUCGCCGCCAGCAUUGUGAUAGACGUCGCCAGCUUCGUCGUGUACGUCUUCAACCGCAACGAGAGGACACGCGAGCAGCUCGCCGUGGUCCUCUUGCCGAUUCAGAGCGGCCUGUGGCGCAGUCGCUGCGUCCCGAAUGACGACGACCGCGACCGCGCAGGGUCGCUACGGGACGUCGGUGACGUGUGGCACGGCAGCAUCGUUUAGCUAUACCGCGAUCCGUUUUUGUUCAGCCACGUGGGGCGAGAAACAAAAAAAACACACAUGAACUGGCGUAUAUCAAAGUUCUCGCGCCAACGAACAAAGUGCGCCGGAGGCGUUUCCCGAACGGUGCGUCGAGAAUCGUUUACAGUGAUAUGCACCGUGGCAUUGCAUAGAAAUUGCAAACGGCCUGCAUUAGAAUAAAAGAAACAAACUGAACGGUGUUAUUAAAGAUCACCGUCAGUGACUUCCUGUACCGGUCGUAACACUCGAACGAGUGUGAUGUUGAAAUUAAGAGGUACCUUCGCCGACUAGUGCCUGUGUUUUGUGUUGUCUGAAAGCGAGAUAGUUAUUCUUUCUUGAUUUGUUAAAACUAACUCGUGUUUAUGUUAAUGUUCAGCAGCAUCUCCUUUUCAGGUUUAGUUCAUACUUCUUUUUCCUCAUUGUCCGUUCCUUAUAGAGUACCGUAAUGUAUUCAAGCGCUCUCCCGGCGAUAUGGCUACUGGCAUUUGAAAUGGCGCUUUUAUAUCGGGUUACGCUUUCUCUUAUCACGUUUCUGUGAGCUUAAAUCUCAGGCUAUAUCAGUACGCAGGCUUUACAGUAAAAAUGAAAGGAAUAUUUUAAAAAGUGCAUGUCCAUUUCGGUCGUAGACAAACUGCUGUCGCAUUGUCGAAAUUUUCGAUGGAAUGAAAAAAAAGCAAUUCUUUUUUUCUUGCGCUUUUUUUUCUUCUUUGGGCUCAGAUUUGACUCCACACUAAUAUACACUGACUUUGUACGCUUUCA